UUAACCACUGCACCACGUAGGAAGCCCUAAGUUACUUUUAAAAGACUAAAUAAAUUUCAUAUGCUUUUUUAAGGGCGUGAUACUUUGUCAUUAUGCUUUUAGUGCUUAAGUGGGUAUAUUUAAUUUUAGAAGAGGUAGUAGAAAUACUGGAUUUCUAAACCAGUUUUAAUGAAAAAUUUCAGGAAAUUUACAAAUAUACCUGUGCAAAGUGAAGGUACCAAGGAUGCUUCUCUUUACAAAAAGAUUGCAUAUCAAACCCAAGUGGGUUAUGUGAGGCUAUAAAAUAUAAAAAUACAUUGGGCACAGAAUUUCCAAUUCCUUCUCUCUCUUUUUUAAAAAUUUGGUUACACUGGGUCUUAGUUGUGGCUCACAGCCUCCUUAGUUGCAGCAAAUGGGCUCUUUAGUUGUGGCAGGUGGGCUUCUUAGUUGUGGCAUGCAUUGGGAGUGCGGAGUCUUAACCACUGCGCCACCAGGGAAGUCCUGGCAUGUGGGAUCUUAGUUUCCUAACCAGGAGUUGAACCCACACCCCCUGCAUUAGAGCAUGAAGUCUUAACCACUGGGAAGUCCCAGAAUUUCCAGAUCUAACCAAGCUGCUUAGAGUGGAUGUCUGCUGACUGUAUUUUGAGUGUGUGUCUGUGCCUGCCUGAUUAACAAAUUUGGUGAUCAGGUAUUGUCUUUCUCCGAAUACAGUGUCUUCCUAGCUCUUAAGAUAGUUUGGACCUCAUUCACCACCAUAUCUAAUUGCAGUUUCUCUUUCUUUGCCAGGGCUUUUAUUCAUUGCCACUUUCUAGGCUUGCUGUGGGUUUUUUUGUUUGUUUGUUUUAAUAUUUAUUUAUUUAUUUGGCUGCGCUGGGUCUUAGUUGUGGCACGUGGGAUCUUCUUUGCCACAUGCGGGAUCUUCGUUACAGCGUUGUGGGCUGUUAGUUGCGGCAUGCGGGAUCCAGUUCCCUGCCUGACCGGUGAUUGAACCUGGGUCCUCUGCAUUGGGAGCAUGGAGUCUUAAUCAAUGGACCACCAGGGAAGACCCAGGGUUUGCUGUGUUGUUGAAUUAAAACAAACUACUUACAUCUCCUAAAUUUGGUUCAGGUUCUUUGAUGUGGUUUAUAAUCGAGAUUAUCUGUGUGUUUGCCUGAUUUUUCAGCCCUUGUUUCUCUUUUGUAUCAUUAAUAAAAAUGACCUAACCCUCCUCCUCAUAGGCUAUCUUCUUUUUCCUUCCAUAUCUUGUUUUAGUUUCUGUUGUCGCCAUUCUUAUCCAGGUACAUUUAAACCUCUUUUUCUUCUGUAUAUCAACUCUUUUUGGAGUCAAAACACAGAAUCUUGGGUUCUUUUUAUUUCUUUGAUUUGGAAUUCUGUCCUUUGGUCAGCAUACUUUCUUCUCUGUAAAGCCAAGUUAACUCUUUGUUUUGGUUUUGGUAGCCCUAGGUUAGAAGUCUGUAAACUUUUUUGAUUUACAAUCCUAAUAGUAAAAAAAAAAAAAGAGAGAGAGAAAGACCUUGUCCUGUCAUAAACAUUUUUCAUAUAUUAUAUGCUUAUCCUACUGUACACAUCUGUUAUAUAAAUCAUAUACAUACAUCCAUUUAUUCACAUGUUUUUAUUGUGUGGCUACCACAUGCCAGACACUGUUUUAGGCAUUUUGGAUAACAUAUAGUGAAAAAAAAAACAAAGAGCCUUUCCUUUGUGGUGCUGACAUUAUAAUAAAAAUAAUAAACCAUAGACAUUAUCAAUAAAUAAACUAUAUAACAAGUCAGAAGAGGAUAGGUGCCAUGAAAAAAAGAAAAAGCAGAGCAGAUUAAGGGGGAUGAAAUAUCCAGGUAGGUUUGCAGUUUAAACUUAGGGAGGUUAGGAUAGACCUCACUGAGAGAGACAUUUGAGCAAAGACUUUUGAAGGAGGUGAGGGAGUUAGCCACUUUGGAUAUCUGGGGGAAGAAUGGUCCAGACAGAAGGAAUGGCUGGUGCAAAGACCCUGAAGUGGGAAUGUUCCUGUGUGUCUAGGCAGUAUGACUUAGAGUGAGGUAAUAAGCAAAGGGGAAAGGGGUAGGAAUCAGAUUAGAGAGAAAAUGGGGGUGGGAAGGAGUGCAGAUCUUGUAGGUUACAGCAAUGCGUUGGGUGAGAUGGGAGCCAUUGCAGGAUUUUGAACAGAGAAGUCACAUGCUCCGACUCUGUUUAACAGAGCCAUUGGCUGCUGUGUUGAGAACAGACUGCAGGAAGGCCAUGAUAGAAGCUGGGAUGCCGAUUAGGGGGUAACAUGUUGGUAAUCACACCAGGUGAGAUGGUAAGAAGUAGUUGGAUCUAGGUAUGUUCUGAAGAUAGAGUCAGUAGGAUUACAUGAUAUCCUACCGAUAUCAUGGGGUUUGAGAGAAUGAGAGGAAUCAAGAAUGACUCUCAGGAUUUUUGUGAGAACAGCUGUGAAAAAGGAGCUGAGGAUGAAUAAGACUGCUGGUGGAGAGAUUUUUGAGGGGUGGGGGGAGAUGAGUUAUGUUUUGGCAGUGUUAAAUUUAAACCUCCUAGAUCAACUAGGCAGUUGGAUACAUGAAUUUGGUGUUCAAGAAAGAGGACUGAACUGAAAGUGUAGCUAGACAAAAAGAGGACCGAGGACUGAGGCCCAAGGCCUCCAACGUUAAGAGGUUGGGAAGAAGAGAAAGAACCAGCAAAGUAGAUUGAGUAACAGAAAGAUGAGAGUGUGGUGCUUGAAGGCCAAGGAAAGAAAACAGAUCAAGGAAUUCUAAUAUUUUUUUCACAUUUCCAGGGGACUGUGAUGAUAUUCAUACUCCACUUUGGAACCACUGGUAGUAUGUUUUUCUCCUGUUAUUUACUGUGUAUUGACAUUAGGCUUUCGUUACUUUGAAGGCUUUUUGUUUUAUUUAAUGAAAUAUAAUAAGUUCAGAGAAUAAUACUAGUGUACUGGGUACGUAGAUUAAAAAAUGUUAACAUUUUACCAUAUUUGUUCCAGACUUUUUAAAAAAUCAGAAAUUAUUAAAAGAACUGAAGUUCCCUUUUCUUCCUGCAUACCACUUCCCUCCUUUCCUCCUGUAAAGUUGAUGCCCAUUCUUCAUUCCAUAUUAUUGUUCUUGUUUAUACAUAUAUGUGCCAUAAAUUCAGGUACAAUAUUGUUUUAUGUAUUAAAAACUUACAAUGAUGGCACACUAGAAAUGUUUCCAAACAUGCUUUUUCCAGUUUGUUUUGAAAUGUAUGCAUGUUGACAUAUGUAGAUUCUCAAUUCAGUACUGUACAAUUUAUGUGUAUACCUAUUCAUUUAUCCAUUCCCCCAUUGAUGGACACUUAAAUCGUUUGCCAUUUUUCUGUCACAACAGUGCUGCAGUGAACAUCCUUGAAUCUGUCGUCUUGGGUACAUGUUGGGUUGUGGAGGGUACACAUCUCUGGUUUUGUGUUGCCCAUCAUCAGAGUAGGAGAGGAGCCAUUUCUCCCUGGUUGGCCAGUGCUUGGAGAGAAGAAUAAGCUGAACAGACUCUGACCGUUGGUUUUCAGCUCGCCAGGACCUUCUACCUAGCUCUCCUUUUGUAGCUUAUGUGCUACAUCCUCUGCCCUCAGUGUGCAACUGGCCCCCAACGCAAUGUGUGUUUGUCAAACCAUGGAAGUGGGGCAGUAUGGCAAGAACGCAAGUCGGGCCGGAGACCGGGGAGUCCUCCUGGAGCCCUUCAUCCACCAGGUGGGCGGACACAGCAGCAUGAUGCGCUACGACGACCACACUGUGUGCAAGCCCCUCAUCUCCCGGGAGCAGCGCUUCUACGAGUCCCUCCCUCCCGAAAUGAAGGAAUUCACCCCUGAGUACAAAGGAGUGGUGUCUGUCUGUUUUGAGGGGGACAGUGAUGGUUACAUCAACUUGGUGGCCUACCCUUAUGUGGAAAGUGAGACCGUGGAGCAGGAUGACACAGCAGAGCGGGAGCAACCUCGGCGCAAGCACUCCCGCCGGAGCCUGCACCGGUCAGGCAGUGGCAGUGACCAUAAGGAGGAGAAAGCCAGCCUGUCCCUCGAAACCUCAGAGAGCCCCCAGGAGGCAAAGAGUCCGAAGGUGGAGGUACACAGCCACUCGGACGUUCCUUUCCAGAUGUUAGAUGGCAACAGCGGUCUGAGUUCUGAGAAGAUCAGCCACAACCCUUGGAGCCUGCGCUGUCACAAGCAGCAGCUGAGCCGCAUGCGCUCCGAGUCCAAGGACCGAAAGCUCUACAAGUUCCUCCUGCUUGAGAACGUGGUGCACCACUUCAAGUACCCCUGUGUGCUGGACCUGAAGAUGGGCACCCGGCAGCAUGGUGAUGACGCAUCAGCUGAGAAGGCAGCCCGGCAGAUGCGGAAGUGUGAGCAGAGUACGUCGGCUUCGCUGGGUGUCAGAGUCUGUGGCAUGCAGGUGUACCAGCUGGACACGGGGCAUUACCUCUGCAGGAACAAGUACUAUGGCCGUGGGCUCUCCAUCGAAGGCUUCCGCAGCGCCCUCUAUCAGUACCUGCACAAUGGCCUGGACCUGCGGCGUGACCUUUUUGAGCCCGUCCUGAGCAAACUGCGGGGCCUGAAAGCUGUGCUGGAGCGGCAGGCCUCCUACCGGUUCUACUCCAGUUCCCUGCUUGUCAUCUAUGAUGGCAAGGAGUGCCGGUCUGAGUCCUGCCUGGACCGCCGGUCUGAAAUGCGUCUCAAGCACCUGGACACAGGGCUCCCUGAGGUGGCACCACCCUGUGGCCCUAGCACCAGCCCCAGCAGCACCAGCCUCGAGGUGGGCCCCUUCUCUCCACCCAAGGUGGAUGUCCGCAUGAUCGACUUUGCACACAGCACAUUCAAGGGCUUCCGAGAUGACCCCACUGUGCAUGACGGGCCUGACCGAGGCUAUGUGUUUGGCCUGGAGAACCUCAUCAGCAUCAUGGAACAGAUGCGGGACGAGAACCAGUAGGCGCAGCUCUGGGCGCCCCCAGAAUCCCUUCCUCUCCACCCGCAGGCAGGGACCAUUGCUCUGAACUCGCUGUGAGGACACACGGACUUGCUUUUAAAGGGUUAUAUUUCUCUUUGGUGUAAACUAAAAGAAAUGUUUUUAGCUGUAGCCUGGAAUCCAUAUAUAAAAAGUGAAAGAGGUAAGAACAUAUCCUCUCAGCCAGGUUUCCUAGCUCUACGGCUCUGACUUGCUGUGUCCAGGCUGACUUAGGAAGGAAGAGGUGCCCUUGGUGGCUUGGCAGCAGGGACAGGUUGCCUUUGGACAUUGGUUUCUCUUGCUUAGGUCUUUGGGGUCUGUGGCUGCAGGGUCCUUGUGGGGUGAAGCCUUGGGUUGGCGCAACGCUCCUCUGUGCUCACUCACCCCUUAUUCCUCAGUAGUAGAGGGUUGGGUGCCCGUGUCUUGGGGGACUUUGUAACUUGUGUUGUGGCUGUCACCCAGCUCUUUAACAGAUGUCUCCGGGGCACCACAGGGCCAACUGCAUACAGCUGGACCCUUAUCGGUUAUGACCUUGGCAUGAGGCUAGAUUCAUGAAGCUGUGCUGAAGUCAGCAAUGGCAGAGGGCAGGCCCUGGGAUCCCCAGGCACUGUUUGGCACUUGAACCUGCUCUUCCUCCUGCCUGCACACCCCAGCUAGCCUUUCUCACUAAGAUUCCUUGCCUAAGGAGAUCAUCCCCUCCUGCCCCACUGGAGGGGGCCCUGCUCCCUUUGCUGAGGAGAGUCAGUGUUCCAGCAGGCCUCAGGGCCUUUGAGGGCUCUGACCCAGAUAGUAUUUGCAGUCUUUGUGCUGUGGGUAGCAGUCCUCUUCCUCUAGCUUGGGCAGCUGUGCUGCCUUGGAUGGGCUGCUCCUCCCAGGGCUCAAAGGCUGUGGUCCGCUCAGGGUCUCACGUCUGCCCAGGCCAAGCUCAAGGCAGCAGCCCAUUGUGAGGCGCUCCAGGCCUGUGAGGUAGAAUUUUAAGCUUGUUUGCUUAUAGGGACGUUGGGCACUGGGUGCAGGUGCCCAGAUUCUGCUAAUGAGAGUUUUGUCAGUACUGGGGUCUAUCAGUCUGUCCAUUUGUCCUUCUGCCAGCCCCUGUGAUCUUUCCCCUGGGGUGUAGCUUUGUUACACAUUGGUUAGUGAAGACUGAUUUCCUUCAUACUUGCCUCAGCAAGAUAUUCUCUUUACCAUUUCUGAGGUGAGCUUUUGUCCCUGUGCCUUUCCUCAGCAGAUGCUACCUUUUUAAAAAGAACUGGUAGCAAAAUGAAUUGGAGAUGUUUCCCUUCUGGCCCAGCACCCUCUCUGUGAGCCUGGAGUGUGGCCCCCUCAACACUGACAGUGGCACAGUGAAGGCCAAGGGGUGACCCCUUCCUUUCCUAUGGGUUUAGUAAUUUUUGCUGCCAGCCCUUAAUGGCACAGAGACCUGCCACCUCUAACUCAUGUGGCCAGGAGGUGACACUGCAUUCACCUAAUCAUUGCCGAGGUUAGUGCCCUCACCUCGAAUUUAGGGCCACUGUCAUUGUCACUUGGCAUGUCCCUAUUUGGGCAUUAAAGGUAAGCCUGCUAGCCUGUAUUGGUGAGAGGCCUUAGUAACUGAUGGACUAAUUUCCUGGUCAUUAGAGAUGCAGCCUCACACAUCUUAAAUGGGCUCCUUGAUGGGAUCCCAAAUCUCUCAGCCCUCGGACCCUGGUGCCAUUGGUGGGCAGGUUCCCAUUCCUUGGGGCUAGGAGGGGCAGCUUGCCUGUUUCUGGUCAGUAAUGACCAUCUUCUUUCCUGUGCUGUUCUGUGGCUUCAGCCAUGGGGGCAGUAGCUCUUUAUUAGUGUGGAUAGUCAUUUCUUGUCAAGGCAGAGGCUAAAGGCAAAGGGUCUGGGGCCGCUCAGGACCCAGUUGAUGGCUGGGGAUGUGCUGUGCUUCCUUAAGUUGUAUAUGGUGGGAGAUGCUGCUCCAUUCAGCUCUUCAUCGUGAGAGAGGCUGUACCCACUUAACAUUGUGUUUCCCUGGCACUAAAAGAGCAGGGCUGGGAUUAGCUGCUUCUCACCCAGGGCAGAGUCCCUUCUUUUCAGCACUUUUGAACACUUGGAAGACCUAGCCCUGUUAUCUGGUGGGUGGUGGGCAGGUGUGUCUGCACAUGCUCUUUGCCACUAUUUCGCUGUGCUCCAUGCCAGAGAGCCCUGUUCCUGCCAGGCCCUGCCUCCCCAGCCCCAACUUGGGACCAAAGUGCAAGAUGGGAUCACGGGUUGGGGCGUUCAAGCGACCCCUUUCUAUUGUGCUUCCCUGGGCCAAGACACCAGCCCCUUAGCGGGGUGGGACGGGCGGUGCUUAAAGAGGAAGGGGACCAGUGUAGCAACUUGCCAGGGACCCUACCCCUCCCUCACAUCUGGGCCUGUGCAGUGAACGUGGGCAUUCUCCUAAGGGGCCAGAGGCCUGGGCUACUUCGGUAGCCUUUGCUCACUUGCUCAGAUCCAGCCAUGUGCACACCCCUAGAUGCAGAUUGCAUUGAACUUUAAAACUUCAAUUUGGUUUCGUUAGCGCCGAUUUAAAAAAAUGUUUUAAUAGGGAGAACCGUGGGAAGGGCCUGGUUCCUUUGCUUCUCGGGGAACUGCAAGGCCUCGCCUGGAGAAUCGCUCUCUGCUCCACUUUCCUGGAAGCUGCCUAAGCCUGUCCACGCCUCCCGAGCCCUGCGCCCGGAUAUGACACGUGGCUCCGGUCGCGUCUGGGCGCGGUUGCGUUUUCUGGGGACCUUGCGUGCAGGGGAGGGGGUGCUAGGGCCAUGGGCCGAGCCCGCCCUUUUCUGUAUACCUAGCGCUGCCCGCCCCGCUUGUGUCUGAGGUCGUGUAUGUCAAAAUAAAGCCGCUAGAAACUGA